UAUUUCACGGAUGCACACCGCAAGUCGUGUGAAGGUCUGCAGGAGAGCUUGGCGGGGUGCUGUGGGUCCGGGAGAAACGCAUGUUCUAGAAUUGACAUUUCAGAAGGAAAUCCAGGCAUCAAGCACGAUGGGACCAUGUGUGAUACCUGCCGUCAACAACCAAUCAUUGGCAUUCGGUGGAAGUGUGCAGAGUGUACAAAUUAUGAUCUGUGCACAGUUUGCUAUCACGGAGAUAAGCAUCACUUGAGGCAUCGCUUUUACAGAAUUACUACACCAGGAAGUGAGCGGGUUCUGUUAGAGUCUCGUAGGAAAUCUAAGAAGAUUACAGCCAGAGGAAUCUUUGCAGGUGCCAGAGUGGUGCGAGGAGUGGACUGGCAGUGGGAAGAUCAGGAUGGAGGAAAUGGGCGCCGGGGAAAGGUAACGGAAAUCCAGGACUGGAGCGCAUCGAGCCCGCACAGUGCGGCGUAUGUUCUCUGGGAUAAUGGAGCUAAGAAUCUUUACCGAGUGGGCUUUGAAGGCAUGUCUGAUCUGAAGUGUGUCCAGGAUGCCAAAGGAGGUUCUUUCUACAGAGAUCAUUGUCCGGUGCUAGGUGAACAGAAUGGCAACAGGAACCCUGGUGGAUUGCAGAUUGGUGACCUGGUAAAUAUAGAUCUUGACCUAGAAAUUGUGCAGUCCCUGCAGCACGGUCACGGUGGAUGGACUGAUGGGAUGUUUGAGACUUUAACUACCACUGGAACUGUUUGUGGCAUUGAUGAAGACCAUGACAUUGUAGUACAGUACCCAAGUGGCAAUAGGUGGACCUUUAAUCCUGCUGUCCUCACCAAAGCCAACAUUGUCCGCAGCGGGGAUGCCGCGCAGGGUGCGGAAGGAGGCACCUCACAGUUUCAAGUGGGUGAUCUCGUGCAAGUUUGUUACGAUCUGGAAAGAAUUAAACUUCUACAAAGAGGACAUGGAGAAUGGGCUGAAGCGAUGCUCCCAACUUUAGGUAAAGUUGGCCGAGUACAACAGAUUUAUUCCGACAGUGACUUAAAGGUGGAAGUGUGUGGAACAUCUUGGACGUAUAAUCCAGCAGCAGUUUCCAAGGUGGCAUCUGCAGGAUCAGCCAUCAGCAAUGCCUCUGGUGAAAGACUCUCUCAGCUCCUGAAGAAAUUGUUUGAAACUCAAGAAUCUGGUGAUCUCAAUGAAGAAUUAGUUAAGGCUGCUGCCAAUGGAGAUGUAGCUAAAGUGGAAGAUUUGCUGAAAAGACCAGAUGUGGAUGUGAAUGGACAGUGUGCAGGCCACACAGCUAUGCAAGCUGCUAGUCAGAAUGGACACGUCGAUAUUUUGAAGUUACUUUUGAAGCAAAAUGUGGAUGUGGAAGCGGAGGACAAAGAUGGCGAUAGAGCGGUGCACCACGCGGCCUUUGGGGACGAGGGUGCUGUCAUCGAGGUGCUGCACCGGGGCAGCGCUGACCUCAAUGCGCGCAACAAGCGCCGCCAGACGCCCCUGCACAUCGCUGUCAACAAAGGUCACCUGCAGGUCGUGAAGACGCUGCUGGACUUCGGUUGUCACCCCAGUCUCCAGGACUCUGAAGGAGAUACCCCUCUUCAUGAUGCCAUCAGCAAGAAGCGUGAUGACAUCCUGGCCGUCCUCCUGGAAGCGGGUGCGGAUGUCACCAUCACAAACAACAACGGGUUCAAUGCUCUGCAUCACGCCGCCCUCCGGGGAAAUCCCAGUGCAAUGCGUGUUUUACUGUCAAAAUUACCAAGACCAUGGAUUGUGGAUGAGAAGAAAGAUGACGGCUAUACUGCCUUGCAUCUGGCUGCUCUUAAUAACCACGUGGAAGUGGCUGAACUCUUAGUACAUCAGGGUAAUGCAAACCUGGAUAUCCAGAAUGUGAACCAGCAGACCGCCCUACACCUGGCGGUGGAGCGACAGCACACCCAGAUCGUUAGGCUCUUGGUCCGUGCUGGUGCCAAGCUGGAUAUCCAGGAUAAGGAUGGAGACACCCCGCUGCAUGAAGCUCUGAGGCAUCACACUUUGUCCCAGCUGCGUCAGCUGCAAGACAUGCAGGAUGUGGGGAAGGUAGACGCUGCCUGGGAGCCAUCGAAGAACACGUUGAUAAUGGGACUUGGAACCCAGGGGGCAGAGAAGAAGAGCGCGGCAUCCAUUGCCUGUUUCUUGGCAGCCAACGGAGCUGACCUUGGCAUUCGGAAUAAGAAGGGUCAGUCACCACUCGAUCUCUGUCCCGAUCCAAGUCUCUGCAAAGCACUGGCAAAGUGUCACAAGGAGAAAGUCAGUGGUCAGGUGGGUUCUCGGAGUCCUUCUAUGAUUAGCAAUGAUUCUGAAACCCUAGAAGAGUGUAUGGUGUGCUCAGAUAUGAAGAGAGACACGCUUUUUGGCCCAUGUGGACACAUUGCAACCUGUUCUUUGUGUUCUCCACGAGUCAAGAAAUGCCUCAUCUGUAAAGAACAAGUCCAGUCUAGGACAAAGAUCGAAGAAUGCGUGGUGUGCUCUGACAAGAAGGCAGCUGUUCUUUUUCAGCCCUGUGGACACAUGUGUGCUUGUGAGAACUGCGCCAGCCUGAUGAAGAAGUGCGUGCAGUGCCGGGCCGUGGUGGAGCGGCGGGGGGCCUUCGUGCUGUGCUGCGGUGGGAAGAGCGCCGAGGACGCCGGCGAUGAGCUCUCAAGUGGGAAUAUUCCAGUGUUACAGAAGGACAAGGACAACACCAACGUCAACGCAGAUGUGCAGAAGUUACAGCAGCAGUUACAGGACAUUAAGGAGCAGACCAUGUGUCCCGUGUGUUUGGAUCGUCUGAAGAACAUGAUCUUCCUCUGUGGCCAUGGCACGUGCCAGCUCUGCGGAGACCGCAUGAGUGAAUGUCCCAUUUGUCGCAAGGCCAUUGAACGGAGGAUUCUUUUGUACUAAGAAAGUUUUGUUAGCUAAAGUAUGUGGUUAUGAAUCUUAGCUUUUAAGCAAGUUGGAGUUCUAAUGAAUUAAUUUCUAAUGUCAUAGUUCAUUUUUCUAGAGUGUAAUUAGAUUGUAAAUGUACCAGAACAAAAGAUCUUUACAAAAAGUAUUUGAAAUAGAAAUCUUUUGUUUGUUUGUUUGUUUGGAGGGAGGGAGGGAAGGAGGGGUAUAUUUUUCUUUUAAAUUUGGAACAUCUUGUAAUUUUGGUUUUAAAAGGGAAAUCCUUCGAGGUGAUCCUUUUAUUUGUGUUUUUAUUGUUUUCUCCUACAGAUUAGAAAUUCAUUAGACCUCAAAAGACAUAAUUCCAUACGAUCCGUUAUGAUUUUGCACAGUGAAGUGUCAUGGGUACCUUGAAAAGUUAUGCAUCACACAAGAGGGGCAAGUCACACUGCUGUGUCCAUGUGUUAAAUGACAAAUUACAGUAGAUUAUGUGUGCUGAAGGGAGUAUUGAAGGGACGUUUCUAUUUUUAAGAAAACAAGUUAAAUGUUUUUGAAUUCUUAAGAGUAACGCAAGCAUAGACUAAGAAAAUACUAACUUUGUAUUUAGCUUAUUUUCUAGGUUUUUUUAAAAAAAAAAAACUAACAAGUCAAAUUACCAGU